CACAGAGACUGCAGGAUGGUGAUGGGAGUGGAGGCCAAGUUGCUGCUGCUGCUGCUGUGGGUGUUGUGCUGCAGACCUGCACGGCUCAGCGGUUACACCUCUGUUAUUGAGGUGACCAAUGGGGGCACGUGGGGCAGCUGGGCCUGGCCUGAGAUGUGCCCUGAUGGAUUUUUUGCCAAUGGGUUCUCGCUCAAGGUGGAGCCCCCCCAAGGCAUUCCUGGUGAUGAUACGGCUCUGAAUGGGAUCCGACUUCACUGCGCACGUGGGAACGCAGAGCGCAACACUCAUGUGGUGGAGUCCAAGUCUGGAAAGUGGGGCGCAUGGAGUGAGCCACUAUGGUGUCCCAAGGGUGGCUUCCUUGUGGCUUUCGCGCUCCGCGUAGAGACACCAAAGAGCCCCGGGGACGCUACAGGAGCGAACAACGCGCGCUUCCGCUGCUCAGAUGGUACAGAGCUGGAGGGGCCCGGCCUGACCUGGGGCAACUUCGGCGAGUGGAGCGACUCGUGCCUGAAAGGCGUGUGCGGCCUGCAGACCAAGGUCCAGCCUCAGAGAGGGCUCCUGGACGACACCGCGCUUAACGAUGCCCGCCUGUUCUGCUGCAGCAGUUGACUCCUUAGCCCUUGUCUCCUCCGUGCCCUUA